CCUUCUCGGGUUUGUGACUACGUACAUCUUGAGACCUCUUCCGGCGUUGCCAGUGCUCAUCUUUCCAACAAAACCAACUGCGCAGGUAGCCCUCUCCAGCAGCUAUCAAUGGCGUUCUUCACUACUAGAAUGCUAAGAAUAACUAACGAGAAUAAAAAAGUGCUUUCUAAAGGCGGUCAUGCUUAUUAGAGGAGAUAUAUAAUUAAGUUUGCUGUGUUGUGUGGUGUUAAUUUUAGAGCCAUAAUAAUAGGAAACUACUUUUCAAACGUUCCUUGGGCAACUUUCUUUCAAAUUCUAAGCUUAGAAAAAGAAAAAGUCCACAAGAAAGAGAAAAAAGAUUGAACAUGGCGAUACUAUUCGCGUUGGUGGCGAGGGGUUCGGUGGUGCUGGCGGAGUUCAGCGCCACAUCGACCAACGCCAGCACCAUCGCCAGGCAAAUCCUUGAGAAAAUCCCCGCCGGUGAUAACGACUCCAACGCCUCUUAUUCCCAAGAUCGAUACAUAUUCCACAUCAGGCGAACCGACGGCCUCACCGUCCUCUGCACGGCCGACGAAGGCGCCGGCCGGAGAAUACCCUUUGCGUUUCUGGAGGAUAUUCACCAGCGAUUUGUGAGGACUUACGGCCGCGCAGUUCAUUCAGCCCAGGCCUACGCCAUGAACGAUGAGUUUUCGAGGGUUUUGAGUCAGCAGAUAGAGUACUACUCCGGCGAUCCAAAUGCGGAUAGGAUAAAUCGGCUGAAAGGCGAAAUGGGUGAGGUUCGAAAUGUGAUGAUAGAGAAUAUUGACAAGGUAUUAGAAAGAGGCGAUCGAUUAGCGUUGCUAGUUGAUAAAACCGCUAAUAUACAUGGAAACGCGUUCAGAUUCAGAAAACAAGCUCGUCGUUUCAGAAACAGAGAAUGGUGGAGAAAUGUGAAGCUGACGGUGGCUCUUGUAGUCCUUUUGCCAGUGAUUGUUUAUGUCGUAAUGGGUUUUGUCUGCCAUGGAGUUACGUUACCUUCCUGUUUCUAGCUACAAUCUUUCUGGUAUAUGGCAAUGGUGUUCUUCAGAUCGGUUUAUGUGAGUUCAAGCCUGUUGUGUAUUUUUCAUGAUAUAUAUAUGAUCUUUUUCAGAUAUUGAAAGAAGAAGCAAAAAAAACGUUCCUUGUAGAAUUUUUAUGUGUUAAAACUCUGUUUUCUCUGUAAUUUGGCCGCAAGUUCAUAUUUUUUGAAGUUUGAUUUUAAGCUCUAAGCUGUGUUUUUGAUGCAAAGUGAUAUUAGAAACCGUUGAAAUUGUCAGUUUCUGAUUGUUUUGGGAUUAAAAGCUUAAAACGACAUGUCGUUAAUAGUUGCAGUGAGACAACCUUCAGCUCAAAGCACGACAUGUCGUUUGAUAGCUUUAAGAAAAAAAUUAAAAUAUAUCAGAAAAAAUUUAUGAAAAAAAGUUUGACCA